UAAAAGUCUCUCUGGGUCAAUGGAUUCUUGGUCUUCGUCAGUCUCAAAUAAAAGUCAUAAAGUCUGGUCCUUUCCAGGAGCUUCAUUUUUACAACAAAGAGGUUUUGGUUGGAUGAUGGAGAUUGAUGAGAGUGAUGAUGAAGAUAAACAGCCAAUAUUGGAAGAAUUAGAUAUUGACAUGAAAGACAUCUACUAUAAAGUAUGCUGUGUAUUAUUUCCUUUUCCAUUUCUUGGUUUCAAAAGGCAUUUGGUACGUGACAGUCCAGACUUUUGGGGUCCAUUACUUGUGGUAUUAUUAUUUUCCUUGGUAUCACUUUAUGGUCAGUUUAAUGUUGUUUCUUGGAUUGUAACAAUGUGGAUAUUUGGAUCUUUGGUUAUAUUUUUAUUAGCAAGGGUUUUAGGAGGAGAGGUAAGUUAUUCCCAGUGCCUUGGAGUUAUUGGAUAUUCAGUGUUACCACUAGUAAUUACAGCAACUAUUCUGCCACUAUUAUAUUCUUUGGUUUAUGUUAGCAUGUUUAUAAAGUUAAUGGGUGUGAUAUGGGCAACAUACAGUGCUGGAUCAUUAUUGUGUGUACAAGAAUUACAGAAUAAACGGCCACUGCUUCUUUAUCCUAUAUUCUUACUGUACAUCUAUUUCUUUUCUCUAUAUUCAGGAGUUUGAGGCAUUUUAAUAGAAAAUUGUAACAUAAAUACUGUAUAUUAUCUAUGAAAUUUCUAUGUAUUUACACAACUGAUAUGCUGGUUAAUUAUAAUAAUAAAAGUCAUUUAAUAAGGUAGCUGUAAAUAAUAGCUGUCAAUUUAUUUUUAAUACAUUUGGCUUGUAUUUUAAAUAAAGCUACAUUUAAAAUAAAUCAUAUGUAGCUAUACAAAUAUAUGCUUUUCCUUUUUAGUUGUUAUUGUGUAUGUGGUGAUUUUAAGAUGGUUGUACAAAACUUCACCUAUGAAUUUUUGACUAUAAAAUGCUAUGAAAAUGUAUAAUCAACAAGUGUUGUAAUACCAUGCAUUUUCAAGAUAUUAGCCUGCAAAAAUUCCAAUAUUCCUCAAUAAAGAGACAUAAAGGGACAAGUGUGUGCUUGAAACAACUUUAUUUCUUACAGUAUAUAUGUUAAACACCACUAUUUCUUGCUUAUAAGGAGCAUUUAAAGUGCUCUCUAUGCACUGUCACACAUCUCUGUAGCCAUCUUUGCAAUGAUUCUCUACCUGCUCAAAAAAGCUAGGCACUGCACAUAUGGUAUUACAGGCAACUGUAAAAUGUUAAUAUAUACACUGUAAAGAAUAAAGUUAUGUUUUGUGCAUACACUUUUACCUUUUUGUCUCUUGUUGAGGAAUGUUAUAUGAGACUGAUGGGAUUUUUGUAGGCUAAUAUCUUGAAAAUACAUGGUAUUACAAGCGUAAUAUAUAUAAAUAUAUAUAUUACGCUUGUAAGCAUAAUAUAUAUAUUU